AUGGCUUCUCAAGCCCUCGAGUUGGGCCUCGGGUCCUACUCGAUCCCAUCUCCCAGCGAAAAGCCGAUCCCAUACAUCGUAACAGUCUUCCUGUUCAUCGUGUUGUUUUACGCGAUGGGCGAUAGCGGCCCGAACCUCCCCGAGAUCAACCCUCUGAAGCCUUUCGAAUUCACCAACUCACGCCGCAUGACCGAGUUUAUACAACAGAGCAAAGACAUUUUCCUCCGCGCAACAGCAACCUUUGGCAAGAACCCAUACAAGCUUUACUCGGAAUGGGGCGCUUCAGUCGUUUUGCCGGCCGAUUUUAUUCACGAAUUACGCAGUGACCCGCGUCUCGACUUCAUCACGCCUGCCAGCGAUGACUCUCAUGGAUACAUCCCCGGUUUUGAGCCCUUCGCGGGAAACGAUGAUUCACCCAAGGUCGUGACGAAGUAUUUGACCAAGGCGCUAACUAAGCUUACAAAGCCAAUCUCCGAAGAAGCCACCAUUGUUCUCAAGCAAAUUUUCACUGACAAGAAGGAAUGGCACGAGAUGGUCCCCAAGGAUGACAUCAUUCGCGUCGUCUCCCGCAUGUCCACCAGAGUCUUCAUGGGCGGAGAGCUCUGCCAAGACGACGAGUGGAUCAAGGCCUCGUCGGAAUAUACUGCUGCCGCUUUCGGUGUUGGCUGGGAACUCGGUUACUACCCCAGAUGGUCCCGACCUUACGUCCACUGGUUCCUCCCGUCAUGCUGGAGAGUCCGCAGACUCUUGGCGGACUGCCGAAGAAUUCUCAAGCCCCACCUCGAGCGCCGUAAGGUGAAGAAGUCCCAAGGUGUCCAGUUUGAUGACUCCAUCGAGUGGUUUGAGGAAGUCUACAAGAACAGGAAGUACGACCCCGCAACUGAACAGAUCACGCUUUCACUCGUUGCCAUCCACACCACGAGCGACCUCCUUCAGACGGUUUUGAUCGACUUGGCCCGCAACCCGCAGCUCAUCCAGCCCUUGCGCGACGAACUGGCUCGGGUCUUGCCUGCCGAGGGCUUGAAGAAGACUGCACUCUACAACUUGAAGCUCAUGGACAGCGUCAUCAAGGAAUCGCAGCGCAUGAAGCCCGUCCUUCUCUCCACCUGGCGCCGACUCGCGACCGCAGACAUCACUCUUUCCAGCGGCUUCAAGAUUCGCAAGGGCCAGAAGAUCAUCGCCAACAACACUCACAUGUGGGACGAGCAGUGGUACGAGAACGCCAGCAAGUACGACGGUUACCGUUUCCUGAACAUGCGCUCUACCGACGAGGAGAAGCACGCACACUUGGUCUCUACGAGCUCAAAGCACCCCGGCUUCGGUCAUGGACAACAUGCUUGCCCCGGUCGCUUCUUCGCCGCCAACGAGAUCAAGAUUGCGCUGGCUCACAUUCUUCUUAAGUAUGACUGGAAGCUCCCGGAGGGAUCUAACCCUCAGCCUGUUCCCUUCGGCAUGGCUUUGUUGCCAGACCCCACUGUCAAGAUGCAUAUCCGCAGACGCAAGGAGGAGAUCGACUUGGACUCCAUCGACUGCUGA